AUGGCAGAUCAGGAGCUGCGGGAGUAUGGGCGAUCUAUAGCGGAAUGGUUGAAGGCCUUGCCCUCCAACUCCCCUCGCUACAUUCAAGAACGCUUUCCAAUCACUCGAUGGCUUCCCAAGUACAGUCGAUCGUGGGCCACGAAGGACAUUGUCGCAGGGAUUACUGUAGGGCUCAUCGUUGUCCCACAGGGCAUGUCGUAUGCAAAAGUAGCUGACCUACCUGUUCAACACGGCUUGUAUUCCGCUUAUAUUGGAGCUAUCUUUUAUUGUUUCAUGGGCACGUCCAAAGACCUGACCAUUGGACCUACAGCAGUCAUUUCUUUGAUCACUGGUGAACUUGUGGCUCAAUUGACCCAUUUGUAUUCACCAGCACAAGUUGCGGGCAUUUCAUGUCUAGCCGUAGGCGCCUUGACCAUGAUCCUCGGGGUCCUUCAGUUAGGUAUCAUUCUUGACUUCUUCCCAUCAACAGUUCUCGUCGGUUAUACCACAGGGGCUGCUGCAACCAUUGUGAUCUCGCAGAUCCCAAAGUGGAUUGGGGUUUCAGGCGUGAAUACGCGCGAGCCUGCGUACUUCGUCCUGGUGAACACGAUCAAGGCCCUGCCAACACUGUCAUGGCUAGACCUGAUAUUCGGAUUGGGUUCUUUGCUUGGUCUAGUGGGUAUUGGCACCAUUGUCGAUCGUUUAGGACGUGGUCGAUUCUCAAUUCAGCUGAUCAAGAUUUCACGGUUCUUCAUCAUUACAGUGCUUGCCACUGCUUUGUCUUACCUGGUCAAUAUGAAUGCUCCAGUCGAUUCAGAUGGUAAUAUCAUCCCUCGGAUAUCGAUCCUCAAGACUGUCCCCAGCGGGCUCCCUAUGCCACAAUCGCCACCAGUCAGUUGGAGCAUUCUUCGAGAAGCUGCACCAAAACUGCUGGCGAUCGCGCUGGCAACGAUAUUAGAGCAUAUUGCGAUCGGAAAGGCUUUUGCGCGCAAGAACCGAUAUCAGAUUGAGGGCAAUCAAGAGCUGUUGACAUUGGGCUUGGCCAAUGUCACGGCAUCGUUCUUUGGCGCAUACACUGCGACAGGAUCAUUCUCUCGGUCAGCUGUCAAUUUCCAAUGUGGGGUCAAGACACCGCUCGCAGGACUAGUGACUGGCGCAUUGGUGCUGCUCGCUCUGCAGAUGCUUACCCCAUUAUUCUUCUAUAUCCCUGACGCAGCACUGUCAGCAGUUAUUAUGGUCGCAGUCUCCAGUCUAAUCAGUAUGCCCGAAGUAUUUCACGAGUUUUUCAAAAUCAACCUUUGGGAUUUUCUUUCUUCUCAGGUCGCACUCUGGAUGACUCUUUUUUUCUCGGUCGAAGCAGGUAUCGCUUCAGGUGUUGGGUUCUCACUUCUUGUACUUCUCUUUCGUGUGGCUCGACCACAGUUGCAUGUAUUACAACCACUCCGAACACGGCCUGAUAUUUUUAUAACCUCAUAUAAUUCUUCCCACAGAAGCACCAAUAUCAUCUUGGACACUGUUAGCCCACCUCCUGGUAUUCUGGUUUUUCGAAUGGAAGAAGCCGCCACAUUUCCUAACAUGGAGACCUUCAAAGCCUGGGCACAAGACGAAGUUUAUAGAUAUACACGUUUUGGAGGAAUGGUUAAGACAGCUCAAGAUAGACUCUGGUCAGACGAUCUAGAGCUCCAUAUUCAAAGACUCCGAAUGCAACAACAACACCAGCAUCGGCAACAGCUGUCGAAGCAUCAGGGGCAGCAACAGCAACAGCAAGAACAACAGCGAUGGAGACAAAAAACAAAUCAACACAAUCGCGAUCGACUAUCGCUUCUUCCAUCCAAAACAACACCACCACCGUCCCCACUGGAAGACAAGGAUUUACCAUAUCUGCGAGCUGUUAUUCUGGAUUGUUCAGCGAUGAACAACAUUGAUAUAACUGGCUUACAAGGCCUGCGAGACCUGAAAGAAAAUUUGAAGGACUAUGCAGGAGUUCGUGACGAUCCCAAUGUAUUUUUCGAGCUUCAUUUCGUCGCUGUUCAAGAUAAAGUGCUCCCGACCCUAGAGCGUUCAGGAUUGACAAUACCAAUUAGAAGUCCUGCUGCGAAGGCUAAGCUACAACAUGUCCAAAUCGCUCGUCGUAGUUCUAGCAGCAGUAAUAGUAGCGAUAGCAGUGGCAGCUAUUUUCAUUCAGAUGACGACAUAUGCCAGUACAGCAGUAGUAGAAGUAGUAAUUAUGGCGAUCAUCGGAAAUCGGCAAGCAUGGGAUCUCCUAAAGCAAUAGGAUCUGUGCCGCCUUUGAAUUCUCUAGUUCAUCUUACUAUACGAGAUGCCAUUGAUGCAGUGUUGAACCAUGCAGAGGCAUGGAGGCAUGAGGUAGGAGAGGAUUUAGGGUAA